AAAGGAUCCUCCUGCACAGGCUGCAGCCAGGUGAGCUUGUGAUGCGAGGCUUUGCGAGCUCACACGGUGCAUUCGCUGGCCUUCCGCUUCCAGGAAUUGAGUUUUAGACUCAGAGGAGCAAGCACCUUCUUUGCAGGCGGGCAAACCCGGCUUGAAGAGCUGCAAUUGGAUGCUGUAGGAGGAGGAUCAUUUGCAAUGAAACUAACACUCUUAGGGAAGCAGGAGAAUGCGCACGAGGAUGGGGUGUGGUCUGCAGCCUGGGCGCCAAGCUCAGCGGACGCGCCUGGCGGGGUUGUGGUGACCGGCUCAGUCGAUGAGACUGUGAAGCUCUGGCAGGUCGGGGACAGUGGCCUCCAACCCGACCGCACGAACGCCGGCCACUCCCUCGGCGUCGUCUCGGUUGCUGUCGACCCCUCUGGCACUCUUGCCGCCUCUAGUUCCCUUGACAGCAUCGUCCGUGUGUUCGAAGUAAGCACCAAUGAGCAGAAAGCCGCGCUGGAAAGCCCGCCGGCAGAGACGUGGGGUGUCGCGUUUUCACCCUCGGGGAAGCAGCUUGCGGUGGCGGGAGGGGGCAGCGGGACUGUAAAGCUCUGGUCGAUGGAGACGUUCCAGCAGGAGGGGAACUUGGAGAUCCCGCUGCCGGCGGAAGCGGGGUCGAAGCGGUCGCAGGGGCGGUUUGUGCUGGCGGUGGCGUACAACAUGGACGGCAGGAGAAUAGCCGCCAGCACAAUGGACGGAACGAUUGCCAUCUUCGACGUCGCCACCCUCAAGUUCAUGCACACCCUCGACGGCCACCACAUGCCCGUGCGCUCCCUCGCGUGGUCGCCCACUGAGCCCCGAAUUCUCUACACUGCCUCCGAUGACUGCCACAGCCACAUAUACGACGCCGAGGGCAAGGGCCUGAUCGCAGCCCUAUCGGGCCACGGUUCGUGGGUCCUUUCAGUGAGCGUUAGUCCCGAUGGCACUGCUCUUGUGACGGGGUCGAGUGAUAGGACGGUUCGCUUAUGGGACCUUAGCUUACGCUCGUGCGCACAAGUAAUGUCAGAUCAUGGGGAUCAAGUCUGGGGGGUGGCGUUCCGGCCGACGGCGCCUGGGGAGGAGCCAAGUCAACGAGGGGGCAGCAGGCUCGUGACAGUCUCGGACGACAGAAGCAUUGCUCUGUACGACUUUUCAUGAGCACGUGUCAUUGCACCGUUUCCUUGAUCUUGUUGCCGCACGCUGGCACUGCAUGGGAUCGGCUGGAGCACGAGGCAAUUGUUCUGGGUAUGCGCCCAAGUAUAAGCCCUCGACUUUUACACGUGAAGUCGCAUAGACGGAUCUGGCACGCCACCAUUUUCCCUGCUU